AUGGGCAGCAUCAGUCAUAGCGGCUACUCCUCCGUGGAGGAGAGUAAGCGAAUCUUUAACUAUCUAUGCGAUCAAUUCGAUGAGACAGCUUUACCAGCUGGUGUGAAGGAGCUUAGGGAUAGCAUUGAGUUUACCUCAAGCCGGGAUGCGCCAUACUUUCCUAUUCCCUUCAAAGAGACGGAGACAACUGCGGCUUUAAAGGCAGUCGAGGGUGCCGUGGCUUGCCUGCUUGCAGGUUCAGCAGCUGGCGAGCCUCAGACCAGGAAAAUGAACAUCAACUUGGAGAAGACCACGGCUUUCCUUUGUCAAGCCUACAUGGCCAAAGUCGGUGGUCUCGGAAAGCUCGAUCCUGGUGUUAAAGCCCUGCUCAAAGACACCGACUUGCUGCAAGCACAGUCCAACCAAUAUCGACGCAUGUCGGCAAACCUCUAUGAGACUAAGAACCCCGGAGAGUACUACCACAUCCAUGGAUCACUAGAGGCCUCAACGACCUUGAAGAUGAUAGGUCUAGAGCCUUAUAGGCCAGACUUGCAGACUCACGAAAGCAUAGUGGAUACUAUUGAGCCUGCUGUUCGAAAGUUCAGCAUUGAAGAGCUCGAGACCAUGAAUGCUGCUAAUCGUCAGGCUGGAGUGCCUGCUUUGAAGCACGAGGACUUUGUUAAAACAGAACAUGGCAAAACGAAUAUGGCUCUUCCACCAUGGUCGGUUGAAAACCUGGAAUCUGAGACACCUAAGUGUCCUUUGAACCAAACCCCAGAGCAGCCUAAAAGGAUCUUGUCAGGUAUCAAAGUUCUUGAACUCUGUCGUAUCAUUGCUGGGCCUAUCAUAACGCGUAUCCUCGGCGAGUAUGGCGCUGAUGUCCUCAAGAUCACAAGCCCCAACCUUAGCGACGUACCCUUCUUCCAGGUGGAUGGCAACAUGGGCAAGCACGCCGCAGAACUCGAUCUCAAGUCAGCUGAAGGAAGAGCCAAGUUUGAGAUUCUCCUUGCUGAAGCAGAUGUCGUGGUUGAUGGUUAUCGUCCUGGCGCUUUGGAGAAGCUUGGUUAUGGAGCAACUGCAUUGACCAAACUCGCUAAAGAGCGCGGCAAGGGCUUUGUCUAUGUGAAUGAGAACUGCUUUGGUUACCAGGGCGAGUGGGCUGGACGCCCUGGCUGGCAGCAAAUUGCUGAUUGUGUCACUGGCAUUGCCUGGGAACAAGGUCGCUUCAUGGGUAUGUCGGAACCCAUGGUUCCUCCUUUCCCUAUUUCAGACUAUGGAACAGGGUGCAUGGGUGCCAUCACUGCAUUGAUAGGCCUCUACCACCGAGCAACCAAGGGUGGAUCGUGGCACGGAAAAGCAUCACUUCUACACUACGAUCUCUUGCUUUUCAAGGUAGGACAGUAUCCUGAGGAGAUUAAGGAAAAAUUGAGGAAGGAAAUCGGCCCCGACUUCCUCGCGUUGCGGCAUGCGCACAGCGUUGAUCAAAUCUCAGGAACGGCGCUGUUGAAGAUGAGGAACACAUAUCCGGAACUCUUUUCAAGCGACAAGUAUGUCGAGAAGUGGUACUCUAAUGCCUACAAGGCUGAUGUAGAGGCUGUACCACCGGUGGUGGAAAUUGAGGGUAUUGAUGUUGGGUUUAGAAGAGCAAGUCGUCCAAAUGGCGCGGAUGAGCCAACAUGGGAUUUUGGUCAUGAGCCGGACCACAAGCUAUCCAAGUAG